CGAUCAUGAAUAGAGCAAACUUGAAUUCAAAAGGUUAAAUACUCCAUAUCUUGUUAAACUAUCGAUUCUUGCCAUUCAGAUAUACAUACUCUUAUUUAUAUAUAUUUCUGUAUUUAUUCAUACAUCGAACACUGUUAUCCUGUUAUCCUCUUAUUCAUAGGACAAGGACGAUACUUGGCAACUCUCUCUCAAAACACCCCUACGUACCUAGUACCUAUCCGAACCGUGGAACUUAUCAGGACCGCGAGUCUCGUACCUUAUCAGACUGCAUACUCGUGAAUCGCUGAGCGGUAAAUAUGGGUUUAUUAGCCUUAGGCACGGCACUUGAUUGGCCGGAUGCGCAGAAGCAUGCGCAGAAAGUUAGGGAAUGGGGUAUAAAGCAAUUACUCGAGAUAUGGAACAAGGCUAAGCACAAGGAACGAGAUGCUAUGUUAUGGGGUGAUGAGGUAGAGUACUUGGUUGUGAAAUAUUCCAAAGAUGACUCCAAAGUCCUCUUAUCACUUCGGCAAGCCGAUAUCCUGACGGCACUGGCAGCCGAUGAGGAACUCUCCGAUAAAGGUGGUUGCGUGCCAGCACUUCAGGAUGUCGAGUCGCAGAAAUCGAAUCCACUGCCAGUUUUCCACCCCGAGUUUGGUAGGUUCAUGCUCGAGGCUACACCCGGCAAGCCAUGGGGUAUCGGAUUCAAGGAACUCUUAGGCGUCGAACGCGAUAUGAAGAUCAGGAGGAGGAUUGCUAAAGAGCACAUGCAUUCUGACGAAUAUCCUAUCACCCUUACGACUUUUCCUCGCUUGGGCGUUCCGGGAGUCUUCACAGACCCCUAUUACCCAGCUUCUGGAUCGAAGCUUCGGUCACAGUUUGUGCCAGAUGAAAUCGCUAACCCACACAUCCGAUUUCCUACUUUGGCAGCUAACAUACGCUGGCGGCGUGGGAGAAAAGUUCAAGUGAACGUUCCCGUGUUUCAUGAUGAGAAGACGCCAAAUCCGUGGAAGGAUCCUACGGUUAACUAUGAUCUUCACAAUUGGCCGGAGGAUGACGAUGUGAGGAAUGGUGCGGCGCCAGAUAACUUCAUUCACAUGGAUGCCAUGGCAUUCGGAAUGGGGAGUUGUUGUUUGCAAAUUACUUUCCAAGCGAAGAACAUCACAGAAGGCAGGCGCAUGUACGAUCAACUAAGCCCGAUAGGACCGAUCAUGUUAGCCCUAACAGCAGCGACCCCUAUAUAUAAGGGAUUCCUAGCUGAUACGGAUGUUCGCUGGAAUCAAAUUAGCCGCUCUGUAGACGACCGUACCCCUGAAGAAUUGGGAGAAAAGCCCCUGGAAAAUAGCCGAUGGCGGAUUCCUAAGUCUCGUUACGCAUCUAAUUCCACCUAUAUCAGCACAGACGCGCGUCUAAGGCCGGAAUACUUUGACCCUAACCUCAUCAUCGAUGAAGCCAUCAAGACGGAGCUCCUGGAAGGCGGCAUGGAUGAUCGCCUCGCAACACACUUCGCACAUCUAUUCAUUCGAGACCCUAUCGUAAUCUUCAGCGAGGACCUCAAAGAGCUGGACUUAACGAAGGCCGACCACUUCGAGAACAUCCAAAGCACCAACUGGCAACACAUGCGGUUCAAGCCACCCCCACCGGGGUCCGACAUCGGUUGGCGCGUCGAAUUCCGGCCAAUGGAAAUCCAGAUCACGGACUUCGAGAAUGCGGCGUUCGCGAUAUUCAUGGUGCUAAUAACCCGCGCUAUCCUUAGCUUCGACCUAAACUUCUACAUCCCAAUCACCAAAGUUGACGAGAACAUGGAAACAGCACACGCGCGCGACGCCGUUCUCGAGAAGAAAUUCCAUUUCCGGAAGAACCCGUUCACGAAUAGGCCCUCGCGGUCCGGCGCUGCAUCGCGCCAGGGUUCCCCCAAUGCCAGCCGCCCACCGACCCCCGUGGGGCCUGUAGAGGAUGAAUUCACACUGAUGAGCGUGGACGAGAUUAUCAACGGUGCGGGCCCCGACGCCGACCACGACUUCCCCGGCCUCAUCCCCAUCGUCGAGAGCUACCUGGACUCCGUCAAUGUUGACGUCCAGACUCGUUGCGACCUCUCUACAUACCUCGACCUCAUCCGCAUGCGCGCCAGCGGCGAGCUCUGGACUGCCGCGAAGUGGAUCCGACAUUUCGUCGCCGCGCACCCUGGUUACGCCCGCGACAGCGCGGUUUCGGAUCUCGUUACUAAGGACCUGGUUGCGGCGGUUGUGGGUAUUGGGGAGAGGGAGCAGGAGGGCCGUGGCUGGAGGGAUCUGGAUGUUCCGGAUGUGCAGCGCUUGUUGGGGAAGUUUAGGGGGGGUGGGUGUGGCGGCGUUUAGGGGUCGAAUUGGAGAAAGUAGGGUAAGGAGAAGAAGCUGAGGCUUGGCAAUUACUAGCGGGUGUUGUUCCUUAGGUGUAUACAAUUGAUGGGUGACCGGCAGCGCAUGAGGACUAAUGCAUACCUACCUAUGUACCUAUGAAGAGUCCUCUUAUAAAUAGCAUAGCUCUUAGUCGAGAUUGAU